ACAAAGAGAUCACCUUUUUGUCUGACUUUAAGGGUGUGGAAAGAAGCUCAUUCAGCAUCAAUCAUCACAGACAUUCAUAGCUAGUUAUAUUUAAGAUGGCUUCAUCAAAUAGGCACUGGCCUAGUAUGUUCAAAUCCAAGCCCACCUACAACACUCAUCAAGGCCACCAAUGGCAGUCCCAGGGCUCCAACCAUCCCCUGGCUUCUGCCUCCCACAGAUCAGCUCCUUACGCUUCCGGAUGUGACGAAAGAACCCCGGAACCAAAGCCAAGAUGGAACCCUAAACCCGAGCAAAUCCGGAUCCUUGAAUCCAUUUUCAACUCUGGAAUGGUGAACCCUCCAAGGGAUGAAAUCAGGAAAAUCCGAGCUCGACUGCAAGAGUAUGGCCAAGUCGGUGAUGCCAACGUCUUCUACUGGUUCCAGAACAGGAAAUCUAGGAGCAAACACAAGAACCGCCACCUCCAAAAAUCACAAAACAACCAAACUCAGCCUGGUGUCACCAAGGCGGCAACCACCUCUUCAUCGUCAUCCUCCGAAAAGUCCUCUUCCAAGUCAAUUGAAUUCCUUUUGAACUCCCCUACAGCUUCGGUUAACCAACAACCACAAGCCUACAUAGGUUCCCACCACCAUCAUCAUGGGGGUUUCUUUCAAGAACCCUUAUUUUUCCCAGUGAUGCAACAACCACCUCCGACUCCCACCACCACAAGUUUCACACAAGAGUUUUGCUUUCCCAAUCUCAGCACUAUGAUUAAUCAAGAAAAUCAUCAUGGGACUGAUGAUCCAACUGUUGUGAGUAGCUCUGGGAUGUUGCUUACUGAUUUGAUGAUUAGUCAACAAUAUGGAAUCCCGACUAAGAAUUCCAAAAGCAAGGAUGUUGGAGACGAGAAUAUUAUGAAAAUGUUGAGUCAUGGUACUACACCACCACCAGCAGCUCCUACUUCCAUCAUCCCUCCAGCUACUACAAUUAUUGCUCCAUCAACUAUCACUGACAUUCAAGGUGUGGAAGAAGUUGGAACGGGAAAAACAAUAGUGUUUAUCAACGAUGUGCCAUUUGAGGUGGCGAUUGGACCCUUUAAUGUGAAGGAGGCAUUUGGUGAUGAUGCAGUGCUCGUAGAUUCCUCCGGACAGACUGUGGUGACCAAUGAGUGGGGGCUCACACUUCAGUCACUCCAGCACGGUGGGUUUUAUUACCUGGUGCGCUCAAUGACAUACGAUCAUGCUGGCACCAUGGAUUUGGCUUUGUCUCCUGUAAAGGCAAAUAUCUAUCAAAAGGGAGUCGGAUCCAAGGUGAAAACACUCUAUAAUGGAACUUUAGCUUGUGGCUUUAGUUAA